AUGGAUAAUAUCAGUAUGCCUGGUAGUCAACCUCCCAACUCCUCAAUUGAUGGACCUUCAGGGGUGGAAGCCCAAAUUGUUGAGAAUCAACAGAAUGAGCAACCUCCUACUGCUGUUCCAGCCAAGAAGAGGAAACAGGUUGCUUCCACAUCACCAGUGUUUGUGGAGGAAAUAAGUUUCAGGAGGUUCAUAGAUAUUGCUUGCCCUAGGUUUAUAGUUCCAUCCAGGUGGACUAUAAGUAGGGACAUCCUAGUUGUCUAUGAAGAGGAGAGACUGAAAUUGAAGUCAUUUUUAAGGGGAAGCAGUCAUAGGGUUAGUAUCACUACAGAUUCUUGGACAUCCAUCCAAAGAAUUAACUACUUGGUAGUUACUGCCCAUUACAUUGAUUCUGAGUGGAAGCUUCAUAAGAAAAUCCUUGCAUUUGUCCCUGUUACCUCUCACAAAGGUGAAUAUCUAGCUAAAGCCCUAGAAAAUUAUUUGCUUGAGUGGGGGCUUAGUGAUGUGUUUUCUGUGACUGUUGAUAAUGCCUCAUCAAAUGACACUGUUAUGGGGUUUCUGAAGAAAAAAUUGGUGUCUUGGGGAUCAUCUACUGUGAGGGCAAAGUAUCUUCACAUGAGAUGUAUUGCCCAUAUCUUAAACCUAGUAGUUCAAGAUGGUCUUAAGGAUUGUGAUAGUUCUGUUAAGAAGGUUAGGGAAGUGGUUAGAUAUGUUAGAAACUCUCCUGCUAGACUCAAGAAGUUCAGGGAUUUGGUUGAUUGGUUGAGUAUUGAACAAAGGUCUUCUUUGUGUUUAGAUGUUCCAACCAGAUGGAACUCUACCUAUUUGAUGUUGCAGUCUGUUAGAACCUCUGCAUUAACUUACCGAAAAGUGUUUGAAUCUUUGGAGCAGGAUUGCUCUUUCAAAAUUUCUGGUUCUUUAUAUGUCACCUCAAACACAUUCUUUACUGAGAUUUCUGAUUUGUACUGCCUAUUGAAAGGCAUGGUGGAAGUUGGUGGUCCAGUUGGUGUGAUGGGGAAAAAUAUGAAGGCAAAAUUUGAGAAGUAUUGGGGUGAUGUUGAAAAAAUGAAUCUAAUGAUAUUUUUUGCAAACAUUCUAGACCCUAGAGACAAGUUAGAGUAUCUGCCUACUCAGUUUAAUCAUAUGCAUGGUGAGGAAAAGGGUAAACCAUUCUAUGACAAAGUAGUUGCUGGUCUUGCUGAGUUAUUUGAUGAUUAUUCUACAUCUGCCUCUUCUUCUGUCCCUUCUGUGCCUGUCCCUUCUGUGCCUGUAUCUGUACAGCCUACAUCUGCCUCUUCUGUUUCUGUUGGGAAGCCACAACAUUUCCUGAAGUCCCAAUUAAAAAGCAAAGAUUGGAGUCUAGGGAUCAACUCUACUAGGUUUCCAGUUCUGUCUAAGCUUGCUAGGGAUGUCCUAGCCAUUCCAAUCUCCACUGUAGCCUCAGAAUCUGCCUUAGUACUUCUGGAAGAGUAUUGGAUCCUUUUAGGAGUUCUUUAA